AGAACUUUUGCACGGGCAGGAUCAGUGUUGUUGUAGUGUGAGUGGAUUAUAAGGCGCAAAUUCUUUGCUUUUUCACCUUCCAGAAGUCAAGAUAACGGACUAGUGUCGAUUUCUCACCUACAGCGCAUUUUCUUCAAGGAGAGAUGAGCUUUUUAUUUGGAAGCCGCUCUUCAAAGACAUUCAAGCCGAAGAAGAACAUUCCCGAGGGCUCACACCAGUAUGAGCUACUGAAGCAUGCAGAGGCCACGCUGGGCAGCGGGAACCUGCGCAUGGCUGUCAUGCUGCCCGAUGGAGAGGACCUCAAUGAAUGGGUGGCAGUCAACACUGUGGACUUCUUUAACCAGAUCAACAUGCUGUAUGGGACUAUCACUGACUUCUGCACUGAGGAAAGCUGCCCGCUAAUGUCUGCUGGACCCAAGUAUGAAUAUCACUGGGCUGAUGGAACCAACAUUAAAAAGCCAAUUAAAUGUUCGGCUCCAAAGUACAUUGAUUACCUGAUGACUUGGGUCCAGGAUCAGCUUGAUGAUGAGACUCUUUUCCCUUCAAAAAUAGGGGUCCCUUUCCCAAAGAACUUUAUGUCAGUGGCCAAGACCAUUUUGAAGAGACUGUUCCGUGUUUACGCUCACAUCUACCAUCAGCACUUUGACUCUGUUAUCCAGCUGCAGGAGGAGGCGCACCUCAACACCUCCUUCAAGCACUUUAUCUUCUUCGUUCAGGAGUUUAAUUUGAUUGACCGGAAGGAACUAGCACCCCUUCAGGAGCUGAUCGAGAAGCUCACGUCCAAGGACAGAUAAAUCUGCUCUUAACAUCAUCUUCUCUCAUUUUUCUGUACAGGCAGUCCAGCUCUGUUCCCUCUAUGUUUGACAAGUGUGUGGGAAUGUUUCCUUCAAUUGUUAGGAAAAGGCUGAAAAACCUCAACCACAGGUCAAGUUCAUAGUGGAAUUAAGCUUCUUUUGAUGUCAUCUCAAACAUGAUCUUCAGUAAGUGCCUGAUAUGUCCACUUUCAAAAUUGCUACUUUGUAUAAAAGUGCUACCACUGCUAUAAAACGUAUGAUUAUGCUUUUACUUUUUUUUUUUUUUUUUACUUUUUAGGAGUACAUUGAUUAUUAUUAGUGGUAUGUUAGCUUUUUUCCUCGUAAUGUAUUUAUUUAGAAGUGCAUAGUGCAUUAAAAAAAUACUGAAUGAAGCAUUCAGAGAUGAAGAUGUCUUGGCUUCUCUUAAGUACUCAUUUUAACUGCCCCGUGUCUCAUGACAUGUUUGGGAUUUAUCCGUUAUCCAUUUCAAAAGAAGAACUGCUUUGUUCACUUCAGAUUUUAUCCAGUCCUUAAUGAAUCUUUCCUAAUUGUAACACAUUUCAGUCAUCACCGAAGAGCACUGGGCCCACAGUUCGCCUGCCAAUGCUAUUAAACCACUACAUUACAUUUGAAUAAGUACUAAUGUUGAUGAGGCAGAUUCUUCCCCAGACGUCAGGGCUUUGUCUGUUAGAAGCUGGGAUGAAAUGAGCUGACUAUGCAAGAUCGGUAUGUCCUAUCUGAUCUAAUUUUUUCAUACACUAUAAAACACAAGGGUUUUGCAUUCAUCUAUUCACAGAUGUGGAAACCACGGGCACCUUUUUAAGCGAAUAACAACAAUAAAUCUAAUGGGAAAGAUACAUUUUCCUCUAGAUCUUAAUUAAUCUGCCCCAGUCUGUAUUAGUAUUUCAAAGAUCCAGAACUUUGAUUUGAAACACAGGCUAUUUUAUGAGGAGGUGAAUGCAAGUUGUGUAAAAUCUAUGAUUCAAACUUGAUGCUUGUUUAAUAACACUUAUAUUGCUGUCAAAAUAGUUGGUGGUCCUCGGUAUAAUUUAAGCAGCACAUAUGUUUGGUCUUUAUGAAGAAACCCCAUGAAUGUUUAUUUUUCUGAAUGUUACAGAAGAAUUUUAUUCUGAAUAACACAUGCUGAAAAUGUUUCUCAGAGAUUUUCACAUCACUUUAUGAGACUGAUUAUAAACAAAUGUACUAAACAUUUUUGAUGGCAAGUUGUAAAUACUGUAAACCGAGAAGGUGUGCAAUUGGAAUAACACGAGAUGUGUAACUUGCUGAACUUUUAUGGUACAAUGCUGAAUACUGUUUAUAGGAUAAUAAACCUGUUUGAACAAAA